UUUCAUACACUGUACAUCAGAUCUAAAUUUUUCACUCUCAAUUAUUACCUCAGACCCCAACCCCUUCCUUUCUAUUAGAUCCAAAACCAUCACCAGUACUCAUCUUUAACUUGUGAAGAGUAAGAUUUAGGGCUAAUUUAGUGUUCAAAUUGUUUGUUAUUAAUUUUAGAGUUUUUGAUAUCUGUAACUUUGAUAAUGUUUUAAUACAUACAACUUUAGUGUUUUAUUAUAUUAAAAUAUGGCAUCCACAAUAGAACCCCUUAAACACUUGCAAAUCUCACUUGAAGAUGUAGUAAGGGCCACUAACAACUUCGAUGAGAAUUAUCUCAUCGGAGGUGGCGAUUUCGGAAAGGUUUAUAGAGGACAACUUUCGCUGUCCGGAGAGACGGUGAAUAUUGCUGCUAGGAGAUUAGACCGAAAACAUCGACAAGGAAGUGUCGAGUUUUGGACCGAGAUUUCUAUGCUUGCUAGCCUCAAGCAUGAAAACAUAAUUUCUCUGAUUGGGUUUUGUGAUGAAAAUGGUGAGAACAUCAUUAUAACCAAGGAUGAGGCCACCAAGGGAAGUCUCUCUAUGUAUCUUAACAAUCCAACACGCCUCACAUGGAUUCAAAGAUUGAAGAUAUGUAUUGGGGUUGCGCGCGCGUUGGAUUACAUUCAUAACGGUGGCGGAAGAGGUUAUAGUAUCGUACAUCGUAAUAUAAAUAGCUUCACAAUUUUAUUAGAUGAUAAUUUGGAAGCAAAAUUAUCCGGAUUCGAGUAUUCCAUCAAGCAAUCGGUAGAUCGAAUGGACUUGGUUGUCCUUUCGGAAGCUAUUGGGACAAAAGGGUAUAUGGACCCGGAAAUUUUAAAGAAAGGGGGUGUAAGUCACAAGUCAGAUAUUUAUUCAUUUGGAGUGGUUUUAUGUGAAAUAUUAUGUGGGAGGACAGCAUAUAAUCCUGAUGUGGAUGAUAGAUUUGUAGCUCCAUUGUUCAGGAAUCAUUAUGGAAAAAAAUCACUGAAUGAUAUAAUCCCUCUGGAUCUACGGUAUCAAAUGUCGCGGAGAUCACUCACACGGUUCUCUGAAGCGGCAUAUUCUUGCUUAAACGAGAACAGACUUGAACGUCCACAAAUGAACGAUAUUGUCGUUGAACUUGAGAAACUACUGGAACUUGAGAAUUUUAUAAUAAACAAAUUGGAGCACCUGAAGAUUCCUCUCAGUGAUAUAACGUUGGCCACCAAAAAUUUUUCCAAGGCAUGCCAUAUAAAGGUCAACAAUUACUAUAACUUUUACAGAGCAAAACUCGAGCAUUUUGAUGAAGAAAACAGUCCUUCCAUCAAAGAGGGGAAGAAUAAACGUGAAUUUCCCCGGAGACGUAGCAUUGUGGUUAUAAAACGCCUCCUCCCAAGAGAAGACGAACGAGGUGAAGAAGUGUUCUAUACAGAAAUUAAAAUGCUUCACACUUCCAAGCAUCCAAAUAUAGUCAAAGUACUUGGAUUCUGUGAUGAAAUUUCGGAGAUGAUCCUUGUCGUUGAGCAUCUUGCUAAUGGUUAUCUUUACGAUUAUUGGACACACAUCAGCCACAUGCCUAUUCUUACUUGGGAAAAACGUUUGAAAAUCUGUCUAGAUGUUGCAAAUGCAUUGAAUUACCUACACACUGAAAUGCAUGACCAAAAGAUGAUAUUACAUCGUGAUGUUAAUAGCAACUGCAUUGCUUUGGACGAGAACUGGGUGGCAAAAUUCAUUGACUUUCCGAUCUCAGUAUUAGUGCCUUUAAAUCAAAUUUAUGAAGCUCGUGAGUAUCGUUUGGGAUUUUUUUGUUACGAGGACCCUGUGAUUAUGUCAGAUCGUCGAUUUUUCAAAAGAGAAUCAGAUGUAUAUAGUUUCGGGGUAAUUCUGUUUGAAUUUCUAUGUGGGAGGUUAGCCCAUGAUACAAUAUACCGUAAGGAGCAUAACUUAGGGUUGGGGUUUGUGGCACGACGACACUUCCAAGAUGGAAAACUACCACUAGAAAUGAUAGAUCCAAUAUUAAAGGAAGAAAGUGGUGAAAAUAACUUUAUUCUAAAAAAAGGAGUCAACCGAUAUUCUUUGGAGAAAUUUGUAAAAAUUGCAUACAAAUGCAUAGCCGAAACUCAAGACCAACGUCCAACAAUGAAAGUGGUCGUCCGAGAGCUUCAAAAAGCCUUAUUCAGUCAGGAGGAGCAGUUACAGCCUUUAGAAAUGGUGCAUGCUGGCGAUAAAGUUGAGGAAUCCAUAGAACUUACGUUAACACGCCAAAAAUUGGAAGAUGAGACUCAACGUCCAAACAUGGUUCAAGAUGUGGAUGAACUCAAGAAAUCCAUGGAAAUUAAGUUCAUAAAUGCAAAUUCAAUAAAAAAAUUGGAGCAUCUAAAGAUCCCCUUGAGUGAUAUUAAGUUGGCCACCCAAAACUUUUCUGAGGAAUUCCUAAUAAGGCAUCCCGGAUACUAUAACUUAUACAAUGCAAAACUCGAGCUUUCUGAUGAAGAAAAUUCAUCCAUCAAAGAAGGGAAGAAUAAAGGUAAACUACCCAGGAGACGGGUCAUUAUCAACCGCUUUCUUCCAAGUCAAGCUCAAAUGUUCGAAAAGGAAUUUAAAAUUCUUGUCACUUGCAAGCAUCCAAACAUAGUCAAACUAAUUGGAUUCUGUAAUGAAGAUUCUGAGAUGAUCCUUGUCGUUGAGUAUCUUUCUAAUGAAUACCUUUAUGAUUAUUUGAUUUAUACCAACAGGCCCAAUCUUACAUGGGCACAACGUUUGAAAAUCUGCCUUGAUGUUUCAAAUGCACUGAAUUACCUUCAUUAUGAGAUGGAGGAUGGACAAAGUGUAGUACACCGUGAUAUACGGAUCAACAACAUUGCAUUAGACAAGGAUUGGGGGGCGAAGAUUGUUAACUUUGGGUACUCGUUAUUCCAACCUUCAAAUCAAGAUGAUGAAGCUCUCUAUGACGAAACAGAUGUUCACAUGGAUCCAAAAUAUAUAGAGACUCGUAAGCUGACAAGAGAAUCAGAUGUAUAUAGUUUUGGUGUACUUUUGUUCGAAGUCUUAUGUGGGAGGUUAGCCAACGACAAAAUAUACUUAAAAGAGAGUAACAAAGGGUUGGCGUUUGUGGCACAACGUCGCUUCCGAGAGGGAACACUAAUGGGAAUGAUAGAUCAUAUAUUAAUGGAUGUAACCGAUGAAAAAAGCCUUAUUUUAAAAAAGGGACCUAACAAAGCUUCUUUAGAUAAAUUUGUAAAAAUUGCACUCAAGUGUAUUGCAGAAACCCAAGACCAACGUCCAACAAUGAAAGUGGUCGCCAAGGAGCUUCACGAAGCCUUAGUCUUUAAUAUGGAAAACAAGGACGACCUCAUAAUGUCACUUGAUGACAUUAAACUGGCCACAGAAAACUUUCAUGAUAAGAAUUGUAUUGGCAGAGGAGGAUUUGGGAAUGUUUAUAAAGGAAAACUUCCACAAGGUGAAGGGUUCAAGACCAUUGUUGCAAAGCGAUUGGAUACAAAGCAUGGUCAAGGAGAACAUCAGUUUAGGACUGAGCUCCAAAUUUUGUUUGAAUAUAAACACGAGAAUCUUAUCCCUAUUGUGGGAUAUUGUGAUGAAAAGAACGAACAAAUCAUUGUUUACGAGUAUGCUUCUCGAGGAAGUCUUGAUAGUUAUCUGAAGGACGAUGUUCAUCUUACAUGGGUGAAGCGACUUAAUAUAUGUAUUGAUGUAGCAACUGCGUUGGCUUUUCUUCAUGGGGGAGCUGGAAAACAAGCAAUAGUGAUACAUAGGGACAUCAAAACUGCGAAUAUUCUACUAAAUGAUGAGUGGAAUGCAAUGCUUGCUGAUUUCGGGCUUUCCUUGAUAAGUCCAAUUAAUCAAGAAACAGACUAUGUCAUUGAUCACGUGUGUGGCACAAGAGGCUACUUGGACCCCGUUUACUUGAAAUCGGGUUUCUUAACCAAAGAAUCUGAUAUUUAUUCAUUUGGGGUGGUAUUGUUUGAGAUGAUGUGUGGCGAAUCAACGUAUGAGAUUUUUAACCAUAAAGGUCAGUAUCUACCAGGUUUCAUCAAAGAGAGCUUUGAAAAACGGAAACAUGAGGACUUGGUGUUUGAGGUUCUAAAGAAAAAGAUCGUACCGAAAGCAUUGACUGCAUUUCAAGCAAUUGCCUACCGAUGCUUACAUGACGAUAGAGAAAAACGGCCAACUGCAAAAGAAGUUCUAAAACAACUUAAGGAGGCACUGGAACUCCAGGAGGAUGAGACUCAACAUUCAAAGAUGGUUCAAGAUGUCGAUGAACUCAAAAGUUCUAUGGAACUUAAGUUGAUAAAUGGAAAUACCAUAGAUAAAUUGGAGCAUCUAAAGAUCCCCCUUAGUGAUAUAAAGUUGGCCACCCAAAACUUUUCUAAGGAAUUCCAGAUAAGGCAUCCCGGAUACUAUAACUUAUACAAUGCAAAACUCGAGCUUUCUGAUGAAGAAAAUCCAUCCGUCAAAGAAGGGAAGAAUAAAGGUAAACUACCCAGGAGACGCGUCAUUAUCAACCGCUUCCUUCCAAGUCAAGCUCAAAUGUUCGAUAAGGAAUUUAAAAUUCUUGUCACUUGCAAGCAUCCAAGCAUAGUGAAACUACUUGGAUUCUGUAAUGAAGAUUCUGAGAUGAUCCUUGUCGUUGAGUAUCUUUCUAAUGAAUACCUUUAUGAUUUUUUGAUUUAUAGAAGCAGGCCCAAUCUUACAUGGGCACAACGUUUGAAAAUCUGCCUUGAUGUUUCAAAUGCACUAAAUUACCUUCAUUAUGAGAUGGAGGACGGACAAAGUGUUGUACACCGUGAUAUACGGAUCAACAACAUUGCAUUGGACAAGGAUUUGGGGGCGAAGAUUGUUAACUUUGGGUACUCGGUAUUCCAACCUUCAAAUAAAGAUGAUGAAGCUCUCUAUGACAAAACAGAUGUUCACAUGGAUCCAAAAUAUAUAGAGACUGGUAAGCUAACAAGAGAAUCAGAUGUAUAUAGUUUUGGAGUACUUCUGUUUGAAGUCCUAUGUGGGAGGUUAGCCAACGACAAAAUAUACUUAAAAGAGAGUAACCAAGGGUUGGCGUUUGUGGCACGACGUUGCUUCCCAGAUGGAACACUAAUGGGAAUGAUAGAUCCGAUAUUAAUGGAAGUAACCGAUGAAAAAAGCCUUAUUUUAAAAAAGGGACCUAACAAAGCUUCUUUAGAUAAAUUUGUAAAAAUUGCACUCAAGUGUAUUGCAGAAACCCAAGACCAACGUCCAACAAUGAAAGUGGUCGCCAAGGAGCUUCACGAAGCCUUAGUCUUUAAUAUGGAAAACAAGGACGACCUCAUAAUGUCACUUGAGGACAUUAAACUGGCCACAGAAAACUUUCAUGAUAAGAAUUGUAUUGGUAGAGGAGGAUUUGGGAAUGUUUAUAAAGGAAAACUUCCACAAGGUGAAGGGUUCAAGACCAUUGUUGCAAAGCGAUUGGAUACAAAGCAUGGUCAAGGAGAACAUCAGUUUAGGACUGAGCUCCAAAUUUUGUUUGAAUAUAAACACGAGAAUCUUAUCCCUAUUGUGGGAUAUUGUGAUGAUCAUGAAAAGAACGAACAGAUCAUUGUUUACGAGUAUGCUUCUCGAGGAAGUCUUGAUAGGUAUCUAAAGGACGAUGUUCAUCUUACAUGGGUGAAGCGACUUAAUAUAUGUAUUGAUGUAGCAACUGCGUUGGCUUUCCUUCAUGGGGGAGCUGGAAAACAAGCAAUAGUGAUACAUAGGGACAUCAAAACUGCGAAUAUUCUACUAAAUGAUGAGUGGAAUGCAAUGCUUGCUGAUUUCGGGCUUUCCUUGAUAAGUCCAAUUAAUCAAGAAACAGACUAUGUCAUUGAUCAUGUGUGUGGCACAGGAGGCUACCUUGACCCCGUUUACUUGAAAUCGGGUUUCUUAACCAAAGAAUCUGAUAUUUAUUCAUUUGGGGUAGUAUUGUUUGAAAUGAUGUGUGGCAAAUCAACGUAUGAGAUCUUUAACCAUAAAGGUCAGUAUCUACCAGGUUUCAUCAAAGAGAGCUUUGAAAAAGGGAAACAUGAGGACUUGGUGUUUGAGGCUCUAAAGAAAAAGAUCGUACCGAAAGCAUUGACUACAUUUCAAAUAAUUGCCUACCGGUGCUUACAUGACGAUAGAGCAAAACGACCAGCUGCAAAAGAAGUUUUAAAACAACUUAAGGAGGCACUCGAACUCCAGGAGAAGCAAUUACAUCCUUUAAAUAUGAUGCAUAUUGCCGAUGAAGUAGAGGAAUCGAUGGAACAUAAGUUGACUCGUGAAAAUUCGGUGGAUGAGACUCAACAUUCAGAAAUGGUUCAAGAUGUUGAUGAACUCAAAAGAUCUAUGGAACUUAAGUUGAUAAAUGCAAAUUCAUAUUCCUUUCAGGUGCACAAGUUAGACGUGGCUAAUGAUUGUAACAUGGAUCCUUUUAGCAAACUUUGGUCUUUAGGUUUCAUCGUUGCUGCUUUAAUUGCUUUAUGCUCUUCUUAUGCGAUAGCAUGGCAUUAUGCUUGACUUUUGAUCCCUGGGAGUGGACUCAAAUUAUUUUUGUUAUUUGGAUUCCUAUUCAAUGUUUGGUUGAUUUCAAUUUAAGUUGCUUAUCAUAUGAGAUCAUUUAGUAUCCUAUAUAACAUCCACGACGCAUGUGCUCAGUGGCGGAGCUAGUAGGGGGAUGGCCGGUGCUCAGCGCCAACCUUCAAAGAAACCUUCGGCACCUGUCAUGUAAUUUUCGAGAUCCAAAAAUUUUAACUACCCGUACUUGUUAGAUUAUUAUAGAUUAAAGACGAUGAAGCUAUGAUUUAUUACAAAGGAGAUUUGUUUUGGGUGA